UAGCAGCACUCCUCGUCCAGGCAAUAAUGGAGGUGGUGGAGGUGGUGGACCUACAAAGACAUGUCAAUUUAAGGUUUCUUUUAAAAGCUUUGGGGAUGAUUUUAGGGGCAUUAGUGGAGGUUGGGUUAAGUUGUGUAGCUCGUUUUUGAUUUAACUGGCCUAGAAUUGAAAUGGUGACAUUUCGUCCCAAUAUUUUUUUUUCGACUGUUUCCCGCUUGGUGAUUCAUGAAUAUUAGUGUAGGGAUUGACGAACUUUGGGGAUGACUUUUAGGUACAUUGGGUGGAUGGGUUAAGUUUGUGUGGCUAAUUACCCGAAAAUUGAAGUGGUGACAUUUGGUCCCAAAAAGUUUUUCGACUGUUUCCGCUCGGAUGACGCAUGAACGGUUGGGAUGGGGGAAUUCAGGUUCCAAAACCGAUUCUGCUUUUCUCUUCCUAUAAUUAGUCUUCCCUAAUUGGAAACGCCUUUCUUUUUAAUUCCAAACCGUUUUUGCUUUUCGAAACCAGACAAAGCACUGCUUGUGUUUCUGUAAAUGAUUCGCUUGGUUUUGCUUGGCGAAUCUGCUGUUGGCAAAUCCUCCCUCGUUUUGCGUUUCGUCAAAGGCCAAUUUCAUGAAUACCAAGAGUCGACAAUUGGAGCUGCUUUUUUAACUCAAACAAUUUGUUUGGACGAAGCAACGGUCAAAUUUGAGAUUUGGGACACUGCUGGCCAGGAGCGAUACCAUUCUUUGGCACCAAUGUAUUAUCGCGGGGCUCAAGCGGCGAUUGUUGUUUAUGACAUUACUAAUCAGGAAUCCUUUGCCAAAGCAAAAAAUUGGGUUCGUGAACUUCAACGGCAAGCAUCUCCAAAUAUUGUGAUUGCCCUUUCUGGGAAUAAAGCAGAUUUGGCAGCCAAACGUGUUGUUGAAUAUGAAGAAGCGCAGGCAUAUGCUGAAGAUAAUGGACUUUUAUUUUUGGAAACUUCUGCAAAAUCGUCAAUGAAUGUCAACGAAAUAUUUUUAGCUAUAGGUUUAUUUUCAAAUUUUUUGAAAAAAAAAUUUUUUUUGGGAGUUUUUAAAGCUUAA